AUGCCUGAUCACGCUGGCACGGCGGCCGCCGCGCCGCCGCAGAGCGAGUCCAAUCCCACCCCUCCCAAGGAGCUCUACCCCAUGGUCAAUUGGAAGUACGACCUUUUCCUCUGGGUCUUGGGUGUGCUGGUCGAUCUCUUCUUCCGCGAGGUCCAUCCUCGAGGCUCCUGGAAAGUCCCAAAGUCGGGGCCUGUUCUCUUCGUCGCCGCUCCUCACGCGAACCAGUUCGUCGAUGCUCUGAUCCUGCAACGCACGCUCCGCCACGAGGCCGGCCGACGAGUCUCCCUCCUCAUUGCGCAAAAGUCUGUACACGGUUUUAUCGGCUGGGGUUCGCGCCAGGUCGGCUCCGUCCCCGUCGGACGUGCCCAAGAUGCCGCCAAGCCUGGCACUGGCCUCAUUUAUCUGCCUGACCCCAUCAACGACCCUACACUGAUCCGCGGCGUCGGCACCAAGUUCGGCCAGGGAGAGGGCGAGAUCCACGGUAUGCUGUUCUUGCCCUCUGCCAAAAAGCAGACUGGCGCCAGUGUCGACAUCGCACAGAUCCUCGGCCCUGAGGAAAUCCGCAUCAAGCGCCCGUUCAAGGGCAAGCUUCCGUUGGAGCAGCUCACUGGACGCGACGACAUUGACGACAACGGCAACUUCACCAACAAGGACCUCAAGGGAUGCAAGCCUGGCUUUUCGGGAACCAAGUACAAACUCGCGCCCCACAUCGACCAGACCAAAGUGUACGAGGCCGUCUUUGACCGUCUGAGAUCCGGUGGCUGCGUCGGCAUCUUCCCUGAGGGCGGCAGCCAUGACCGCACCGAACUGCUGCCCCUGAAGGCCGGCGUCGCCAUCAUGGCUCUCGGCGCCCUCGCCGAAUCUCCAGACUGCGGUCUUAAGAUCGUGCCCGUUGGCAUGAACUACUUCCACGCCCACAAGUUCCGUAGCCGCGCCGUCGUCGAGUUCGGACCCCCCUUCGAUGUCCCCCCGCACUUGGUCGAAAUGUACAAGAACAACCAGAGACGCGAGGCCAUUGGGCAGCUUCUCGACAGCGUCUACCAGGCACUGAGCGCCGUCACCGUUUCCACCCCCGACUACGAUACCUUGAUGAUGCUCCAGGCUGCUCGCCGCCUCUACAAUCCUACCGGGAAGAAGCUGCCUCUCCCUGUCGUCAUCGAGCUGAAUCGCAGGCUGGCCAUGGGCUACGAGAAGUACAAGGAUGAUGCGCGCGUAGUCGGCGUCAUCAAGUCGGUCAAGCAGUACAACAAAGAGCUUCGCUACGUCAACCUUCGCGACCAUCAGGUCCAGUACGCCAAGAUGUCAAUCCCCAAGGUCGUCUUCCUGCUGCUUUACCGAGUCACGAAGCUACUCGUCCUUCUGAUUGGCGUCCUUCCUGGCCUCAUCUUGUUUGCCCCCGUCUUUGCCGCAUCCAAGGCCAUCAGCGUUCGUAAGGCGAAGCAGGCAUUGGCCGGCUCGACGGUCAAGAUCCAGGGACGCGACGUCAUGGCAACCUGGAAGCUCUUGGUGGCCAUCUUCCUGGCGCCAACGCUGUACCACUUCUACUCGGCCGUUGUUACGUACAAGGUCUGGCAAGACCAUCUCUGGGGCCACAUCCCUGAAUGGGUGCCUUGGUGGUCGACGUAUCUGGUCAUGUGGCCGCUGAUGGUGGGCAUCACGUUCGCUGCUCUUCGCUUCGGCGAGGUUGGCAUGGACAUUUUCAAGUCCCUACGGCCGCUGGUGCUCUGCCUGAACCCCGCCUCGAGCUACAACAUCCAGCAACUGCGAGCGAAACGGGCCGAUCUCAGCUCCCAGGUCACUGAUCUCAUCAACACCCUCGGCCCCGAGAUGUUCCCCGACUUUGAGAAGACUCGUCUGGUCGCAGACCCGUACAAGGCCGACGGCUACUCCCGACCCCGCACUCCGCCAACACGCAGGGACAGCGACGCAUCGAGCGCCUACGAGGCGGCGACGCCGCCGUCCAUCUCUCGGAGAACAACACACCAGUCGAGCCGCGGCCUGCCUCGCAACGAGUCGUACAGCAACAUUGGCGGUGUUGGCAUCUUCUCCACCCGGCCUCCUUCGCGCUCGAGGAGUAGGAGCAGCAGCAGCGGAGGCGGUCUCGGGUCUGGCGGGUUCCCCAUCAGCGGUUUCACGACGCUGGACUCUGCCGGAGGGUUUGACGAGGCAAGCAAGAAGAUCCGCGAGGCUAUGAAGCUGCGCCGGAGAAAGAGCGGCGACCACCGGAUGGAAUUGGGCGCCGACGACAGCGAGGACGAGGAGUACAACGAGGCGCGCAAGAAGAACACAUGA